AUGAAAGGCAAAACUCUCAGCUCUCAAUCACAGGGCUUGGUACUAUCCUUGCUGAAUUAUUUUCAACAAGAAAAGGAUAAUGGAGGGCCUCUAUUACCAUUGAUAGCUGUCCAAGAGAUAUACUCUGAAGAAAAUUCGCAAGAUAAUUUGCAACCUUCUGUUGAUGAUACCAAUGAUCAAAGUGAACUACAAAGUGAAAAACAAAGUACUGAGCAACCUAUUGAAAAUGUCAUUAAAUCCUCCUGUCAAAGCAAUGGAACAAAUACAAUAGCCAAACGAAAGAUAUUUGUCUACCCAAAGGAAAAUCCUAAACGUAAAAUGGUAACAGAAGACCGUAGAUUGAGUAAAGCAUAUGACAUCAUCGAUAGCAUUUCAAGCGAACCUGCGUCCAGUCGCGAUGAAUGCUCAGUAUAUGGAGAGCAUGUCGCUAAUAAGCUACGAAAAUUAAAUGAAAGAAGUAGAGCUAUCCUUAUCCAUAAAAUCAAUAACGCCUCAAUAUGA